AUGCUUUUCAUGCCAAUGUCUCCAGUCUUCAAAGGGACAAGUAUUUCUACAAAUGUAGUGAUUAAAUGCACAGCUGCUGUGUUAUGGGGCCUGAAGCAACCCCUUUCCAUUGAGGAGGUGGAAGUUGCCCCACCAAAAGCCUAUGAAGUUCGAAUUAAGAUCUUGGCCACAGGGAUCUGUCGCACAGAUGACCAUGUCAUCAGUGGAGCAAUGACUACUAAGUUUCCAGUAAUUGUGGGACAUGAAGCAAGUGGGAUUGUAGAGAGUAUUGGAGAAGGGGUAACUACAGUGAAACCAGGAGAUAAGGUCAUUCCCCUCUUCCUGCCACAGUGUGGAAAAUGUUCCUCCUGCAUACAUCCUAAUGGCAAUUUGUGUGUGAAGGCAGAUCUAACCGGUAAGGGAGUAUUGUCUGAUGGCACCACCAGAUUUACCUGCAAAGGGCAGCCCGUCUACCAUUUUCUGAAAACCAGUAGCUUCACUGAGUACACAGUGGUGGAGGAAAUUUCAGUAGCUAAAAUCGAUGCCGCUGCUCCUCUGGAGAAGGUGUGUUUGAUUGGCUGUGGAUUCUCCACUGGCUACGGGGCUGCUGUGAAGACUGCCAAGGUCACCCCUGGAUCUACUUGUGCCGUCUUUGGGCUGGGAGGAGUUGGCCUCUCAGUCAUUAUGGGCUGCAAAUCAGCCGGUGCUUCCCGGAUCAUUGGAAUUGACCUUAACAAGAACAAAUUUGAUAAAGCCAAGUCCGUAGGAGCCACUGAGUGCAUCAACCCUAAGGACUACACAAAGCCCAUCAAUGAAGUAUUGAGUGAGAUGACGGACAAUUCUGUUGGGUAUACCUUUGAGGUGGUUGGGCGCCUUGAAACCAUGGUUGAUGCCUUGGCUUCCUGUCAUCUGAGCUAUGGGACCAGUGUGGUCGUAGGAGCUCCUCCGUCAUCUAAAAUGCUUACCUAUGAUCCCAUGCUGCUGUUCACUGGACGCACCUGGAAAGGAUGUUGUUUUGGAGGUUGGAAAGGCAGAGAUGACAUCCCAAAACUAGUGUCUGAUUUUAUGGCAAAGAAAUUUGACUUGGAUCAGUUAAUAACCCAUGUUUUGCCUUUUAACAAAAUCAACGAAGGAUUUGAUUUACUCCGCAAAGGAGAAAGCAUUCGAACAGUCCUUCUGAUGUGAGCUCCUAAGACACGGGAGGUACCUGUGGAUUCAUCAGCAGCUGACUCUUUCUCUGAUAUUUCACCUUCAUAUAAUUUUGAUGGGAUGUAUGCUCUAUCUCUUGUGGGGUUUAACACAAAACAGAAAUUAAGUACCUUGGAAUAAAUAAACUUUUCCAAAAUAAGGGAUUAACAU